AUGGAGACUAGAUCCGAGGCAGGUGUUCUGCAGAAGCUGCUGGAACGCCUUUGCCAGGAGACCGACCCAGGAAAGAUCUACAAAACGUUGAAGGAACUGUCUUCUCUUCCUAUUCUGUGCGACACCCUGGCAGAGAUUGACUUCAAACAGACCAUCAAGUCCUUGAAGAAACAGCAACUCCUCGUGCCCUUUGUAAAGGAUUUAGUGGAUAAGUGGUCGACUGGGUUCCUGCUUGGACCCCAAAUUCAGCAGGCCCGGCAGGACUUUGGCUUGGAGAAGGGCCUCAAAAGAGAGGGCCAGAGCACAUCCUCAGAAGAGAAGCCCCAGAAGCAAGCAUCCCAAGAAGCCCAAGGAUAUGGGAGAGAGGUUUUCCUUGGGCUUUGCAGAGAAAACUGGAGCCCUGAGUUACAGCAAGAUGUCCAGAACCUGGUGCACCAAGGAACGUCAGAGGAGCCUUGCCAGCAGGAAGAUGCCAAGCCACUGUCCAUAAAGCCCGGGGCUGGGCCACAGGAGCCCAAUGGGCUUAUGUUUGGUGGGCACAGAAAGUGCCAGCCACCAGGCAACUGGGAGCAGGAGGAAGCCCCUGGAGCUGGUUCCUCCUGGGCUUGCCUCAAUGGGGAGUGCUGCUCUCCUUCCUUUUUGGAGCAUCCACCGGGCAAGAGGCGGAGGUGGGAACCCCCGUGUCCAGCCCAGGCCCAGGGUCCUCCUGCAAAGGUGCCUCGAGAUGAGUCUGGAAGCUCCAUGGAUAUGAGUCCCAUUGCUGCCUGUGCCAUUCCAGAGGGUCACUCCAGUGAUAUUGCCUGGUUCAAAUGGAAUCUUGACCAGGAGACAUCUUUUGCUCAGCAGGACCAAGAAGCCUCAACUUAUGGAUGGGCACACAGGAAGAACCACAGAACCCAAGUCUAUUCAGGUUGCAGGCCUGCAGCACGACUCCAGCAGAAGCACACUGGAACCAGGGACAGUGGUCACUGCCAGGUUGGCAAGGACAAAGCUGGUCGUGGGCAGCCAGAAGAGAAGUCCAGGGCCCAGGGCCACAGGUACAAGGAAUCCUACAGCCACCCUGAGUCCCCCACACCCCUGCAGGUUCAGGGGUCCCAAGAGGAGAGGCUGCAAGCCCUCAGAGCCCGUCUCCAAAGCACAAGAGCCAAGAGGCCUCAACCCAGACAGACGAUGAUGGUCUCCUUCUUCACCGAGCUCAAGAGCCCCAGCCAACAAGGAAAGCCAGGAAAAUCUGGGGAUGCCUCUGUCCAAAAUCAGCACAGUUUUUCUGAGGUUCCUGCCCAUCCUGGAGUCCAGUGGGCUUCCUGCCCUCUUGCUGGAGAAACAGGCACCAAGAAGGCCCCUGCUAAAAGACCUGCUCCUCUCAUGGCCAAGACCCUGAAGGACUACAGAAAGUGCUUCUAUAAAAGGUGA